CCUUCCCGAGGGCAAAAUCGCAGUUCCGGUUUUCGUGCUGUUUCCGCAGAGCCCUCCGCCGCGGUAAUCUAUCCAAAUUAGGGCUUCCCAACUGAGGAAACGCAUAACUCCUCUACCAUCAUCCUCGCCUCCGAUCGUCGCCUCGCGGUAACCUUCGUCCACUCCUCUCUUCCUCCCCCUUCCCAGUCCUUUCCCUUCUCUCUCCUUCCUUUCUUUCUCUUUUGCAGGUCCCGUCCGAUGAGGUCCAGCCUCUCCUCCAAGCACCCCAAAAAGAACGCCAAUGAGGAGCGGAGCAAAAAGAAAAAGAUGAAAUCUAAUAAGCGCCGCCGCCAGGGCUUCUCAUCAUCGUCUUCUUAUUCCUCCGACUCAGAGAUUGAUGCUCGCUCUCGGAGAAAGAGCGCUCGGCGGGAACCCAAGAAGCUGGAGAAGAAGAGGAAGGAGCCUAAGAAGCGGGUGAGAAAGAAGAACCGCAAGAUAUCCUACCGCGGGGAUUCCAGUGCCAGUUCUCCGAGCAGUUAUUCGAGUCGGAGUUGCUCGACUUGUCGCCGCCGGAGCAGCUCCUCCGGGUGGAGUGAGAGUGACUCCGGUAGGUCGAGAAGCCCCCCCAGCCGGGCGAACAGGAGGGCGAAGUUGAGGGGGAGAAGUAGGUCGAGGAGUCCUCUGGCGCGUGCCAGUAGGAAGGCAACAUUGAGGGGGAGAAGCAGGUCAAGGAGUCCUCGUUACAGUAGGCGUCAGAGUGAUAGUGAGGGGAGGGAUAAAGAGGUGGAUCAACCAAGACGGCUUAAAUCAGCACUUGUAGUAACCAAGGAGUCAGUGGGGAUGGAAAGAGGACUCCGUAGUAGGGAUAAGCCUGUUCAGGCUUAUGAUGAUGUGGGGAGGAAUUUUGAUGCACAUGAGCAAGCCUUAGAGGAUAAGCAAGUAGAGCGAGGUGAGGCAAAGCAUGCUAGCGAUACUUGGGUUGAGGAUGUAGCUUGUGUGAAGGGAGAUAAGUAUGUUUUGACCAUUCUCGAUAGUGAGCCUGCCAAGAACGUUGAUGUUCGCAGUGAUGAUUCUGGAAGAAAGAACUGUGGGGAUGCAGUGAGUGCUGGUAAUUCAGAGUCUGAGGAUUUGGAACUGCUAUUGAGACAGAAGGCAUUAGAGAACUUCAGAAAGUUCCGAGGUGGGCUUUCGGCAAAUGCAAGCACCAGUUGUGAUCAGAAAGAUGGGUCUCUCCAUAGUGAAUCCUGCAAGGAUGCUAGCAGACUUGUAGAGCGGAAAGACACUAUGGUUUCAUCAAAAUCAGAGUUCAAUAGUUCUCUCGAUCACCAAGGAAGCAUUCAAAGGGGAAACUGCACGGUCCAACCCAGAAUUAGAUCUGUUGUGAAUAUCCCAACAGUAAAUGAUGAUGGAAAUUCAGUUAUUAGUCGUCAAAAUGAAAGUGAGAGCUCAAGAUCAGCUGUUGAUCCUAUCACUAUGAGCGCUGCUGAUGGCCAAACCACUUCAAAUCAUUUAAAGAUCAUAGAAGAGCCUUUGGACAAGGUCUCCUCUGGUAAAACGUUACUGUCCAAAGAUAUCCGAAAUAAGAAGGCUGCUGCUGAACCUCGAAGUUGCACCACUAUAGGGACUGAAUUGAACGUAGCUGAUGGGUCAACUUCAGGGGCUUCUGCUUGCGUUAAUGUGGAGAGUGGAAAUAAACCUGUGGAGGUGAAAACAACUGGGUCUCAUUUUGAGCAAAAGACAUUUUCUAGAAUGCAUGAUGGGGAAAUGGUGCAGGUGAGCUACAAGGUUUACAUUCCAAAGAAAAGCCCAGCCUUGGCAAGAAGGCAACUACAGCGGUGAAGUCUGUGCAAUAAUUCUAAGUCUUUAUCUACCUCUCCUUUGAGUUUUGCAGCGGUUGACUGAGAUUUGAUUUGUUUUCCCUAUCUUUGCAUAUGUUUUAAACUGGAUCACUACAUAGCAGAUGAUGAUAUGUUUUAUCUCUCUGGCAGUAUUCUGCUAUCUUCUAUGCUUUUGUUUUACUGUUCAAGCUCAUGAUCUAUUUUAAUCAUUGUAUGCUAGCAUUAAACAAUUUGGCA